AUGGCGGCGAACAAGAUCGGUGACUGGGCCUUCAGAGCUUUCACGGCGGGUCUCGGCGUUGCCACGAUAUACCUAGCAGCUACCUUCUCCGUCAAUGUUUACCGUGGCCUUGCCUGGCACUCCGCCCAAUCGAUCGGACCACAUCGAACGCCUCCAUCGCGAAGUAUUCAACCCGUCCACCCUAAACCCAAAGGCCGUCUCGCGAGAAAAUCACUCGGCCAGUACCAGGUGAGCGGAAGAGCUUUACUGACCGAGGCCGAUGAGCACCCUACCGGAUGA